GUACGACGACGAGCACGGGUCCCUCGAUCAACUACGUGUCAAGAGGACGAUAUCACUGACGUUUGCCCUCUUUGUGCAUGUGUGAAAGCGCAUUCAAUUUGUCUUCUUUGGGAUCAAUCGCAUUCACCUGGUCCUGAACAUCGAUACAACACCGAGGUCGACACAGCAAUACCCGUAACAUACAGCAGCUAUGGUCGACGACAAAUAUAUCGGCCUCGCCCUUGCGAUCUCCUCCUCAGCGGCCAUCGGCACCUCCUUCAUCAUCACAAAAAAGGGUCUCAUGGACGCCCAGCGCCGACAAACCUUCGCGCAGAACGAUGAGUAUGCAUACCUCAAGAACCCCAUCUGGUGGGCAGGAAUGAUCACCAUGAUUAUUGGUGAGAUCGCGAAUUUCGCUGCGUAUACGUUUGCGCCGGCGAUUCUGGUUACGCCGUUGGGUGCUUUGUCGGUGUUGGUCGGAGCUAUGCUUGCCAGUGUGUUCUUGAAGGAGGAGUUGGGACCGCUUGGACGGUUAGGAUGUGCGAUUUGUUUGAUUGGGAGUAUUGUCAUUGUACUACAUGCUCCGGAAGACAAGGAUAUUCAGACCGUGGACGAGAUCCUGAACUACGCUGUUCAGCCAGGAUUCCUCUUCUACUGCUUCAUCGUCACUGUCUUCGCAACCGUCAUGAUCUACCGCGUAGCACCCCUCUACGGCCGCCGCAACCCCCUCGUCUACCUCUCCAUCUGCUCCACCGUCGGUUCCGUCUCUGUCAUGUCCAUCAAGGCCUUCGGAAUCGCGCUCAAGCUCACUCUCGCCGGUAGCAACCAGUUCACGCAUCCUAGUACGUAUGCGUUCGCAAUCGUCGUCGCCGUGUGUAUCUUGACCCAGAUGAACUACUUCAACAAGGCGCUGGACCAGUUUCCUACCUCAUUGGUCAACCCAAUCUACUACGUAACCUUCACAACCUGCACCCUCUGCGCCUCCUUCAUCCUCUUCCAAGGUUUCAACACCACCUCCGCCGUCGACAUCAUCUCCCUCCUCUGCGGUUUCCUCAUCAUCUUCGCAGGCGUGUACCUACUCAACUUCUACACCCUCGACGCAUCCUCGAAACACCCGCCACCGCCGCAAGACUAUGACGGACUCCCGCUCGGAGGGGAUAUGCUCAAUGCCGGAAUCCAGGCACGGAGGUCGAUACAGUUGGACAGGAGUAGGAGGAGUAUUAGUGGGCAGGCUGGUGGUGGGAGAAGGGGGAGUGUUAGUGUUCGGGAAGCUAGGUUGGCUGGGUUUGCUGAGGAGGAGGAGAUGAUGGGGUUGGCGGAGUUGCAUGAUAGUGAGGAGGAGGAGGGACCUUCGGACAGUGCGGCGAGUGGAAGGAGGAGUUCGGGAAGGAGGGGCAGCAUGCCGUAUGGCAAGUAGUGAGGUGUGCAAAAUGGGAUAUGGGGGGAUGUAUAGAUACCACACUGCAC